AAACCCAGCGCGGCCGUCGGCAGCCGCGCUAAGAUGGCGACUCCCAUGCAUCGUCUCAUAGCUCGGAGACAAGCUGAAGCAAAUAAGCAACAUGUAAGAUGUCAGAAAUGCUUGGAAUUUGGACAUUGGACUUAUGAAUGCACUGGAAAAAGAAAGUACCUACAUAGGCCUUCAAGAACAGCAGAACUAAAGAAAGCUUUAAAAGAAAAAGAAAACAGAUUGUUAUUACAACAAAGCAUUGGAGAAGCUAAUGUAGAAAGAAAGACCAAGAAGAAAAGGUCUAAGAGUGUAACCAGUUCCAGUAGCAAUAGCAGCGACAGUUCAGCCAGUGAUUCUUCAUCAGAGAGUGAAGAGACAUCUACCUCAUCUUCCUCAGAGGACAGUGACUCUGAUGAAAGCUCCUCCAGUUCAUCGUCUUCUGCUUCCUCCACAAGCUCCUCCUCAUCCUCUGAUUCAGACUCAGAUUCCAGCUCUUCCAGUAGUAGCAGCACCAGCACAGAUAGUAGUUCUGAUGAUGAACCACCAAAGAAGAAGAAAAAGAAAUAGAAUUGCUCCAUCCAUAUUGGACUAAUGGACUGAAAACAUUAAUGUGAUUCUCAGAAGGGAAUUCAGAAUGUGUUAUGGCCAAAUAGGUUAACUGGCCAACAUUUCUAGAGUUCAGGAGUUUCUAAAUGUUUUACAUUGUAAGAACAUAAAAAGUAUUAAUAAUGGAUUAUAUAUAUAUAUAUAUAUAUAUAUAUAUAUACACACACACAUAUAUAUAUAUAUAAAGACUUUUUUAUUUUAGGGGUGAAUCUUGUUUUUCUUUUUUAUCUUUAAAAUAUAUCUCUAAAAUUAAUCAAAGCUGAAAUCUAGUAAAUCUGUUUUUGUGAUGAAACCUAUCUUUUCUCCCUGUGAAAUAAAUGCCAUACUCUGUUCCAUGUUAGUGCUGUGUAUCAGACAUUUUUCAGGACAAAGCAUCAUAAUAUCUGGCAGUGAAUUUCUAAUGCUUUUGGCUGUAUGUUAUUAUGUGAGAUUUAAUACAUUAGAAACUUAGGAGUUUUCCUACUGUUACUAAAUGUGCUCUAUUUUUGUGUUUAUGUUCAGAAAGUUGUUCUGACUUCUUGUCCUAAAUGAAAAGUUCAAGAAACCUGUUAAUAAAUUUAUACCUUUUGGAUGGUGCAAGUUUCAGGUUACUGUGUUUUAUCAUUCAUUUUCUUCUGGUUCUUAGAGUUACCCUUUUCUGAGGAAAGUGAUUCUAGAGGAACUUACAAAAGAGCAAAAAUUCUGAAACUACAUAGGAGUGUAGUCUUGGUGCCUUUGGAUAAAUUCAAUGUGUCAGAAAAGAAAACAGUCAUUUAAAAAGCUAACUUAUGUAAAAGGGAUAUAAAUACUUUUGUGUGUCAAUAUGCUAUAAAAGAUACCAUUCAAAGGGGUAGGAGGAAGAGAUAUAGUUUUUACAGAAAAUUAGAGUGAUGUUGGCUGCCUUUUACUAAAUUUUUUUAUAAAGUUUUCGUAAAGAUUGCCUUUUACCAUUUUGCAAUGUGGUAUGACUGUUUAUAUGGUAACUCAUCAUAUAUGAGUCUAUUGCAUAAAUAUGAGUGACUUGGAUUAAUCUAGUGUGUUUACAUAGUAUAUACACAGUUGAAAUCUAGCAUGAAAGUUUAAAAAGAAAUACUGCCAAGUAUUUCUUAAAAGUAAAAUACUCUGUCAUGAUGAAAUUAUUUGAUUUAACAUCACAUUAUUUUGUGAUGUGUUUUAAAUUUUUGGAAAGAAGGUAUCGUUUGUAGAAAAAUCUUGAUUUAGGUAAAAUAUAGGUUUUUAAAACUACAGAUGUUGUCUUUUUAUAUUUUUAUGAAAAAGCAGUAGACAAUUACUUUUGAAGGAAAUGAACUUCUAUUUAAAUGUUUAAAUAUAUGUAUGUUGUCAGUUUAAAGAUCUGUAAUUACCUGUUUUACAGAAUCAUCUGCUUUCAGUGAUUAUAAAUGCUCUCAAAACAUCAUUUUACGCCUCUAUACAGAAUGUGUCAGUUGACAGGCAGAUUUGAUAAACUACUAAUGAAAUGCAGUUUACAAUGUUUGUGAUCUCUGUAAGGGCAAUUUUAGCAGUGAAAAAACUUGGAAACGUGUGCAUAGGUUAUAUCACUUGGAAUUAAAUAAAACUCAGUUUGUGCUGAUGAGCUUAA